CGCCGCCGGUCACGUGGGCGGCGGAGCUGGCGGUGGCGAGAAGCUAAGGCGGCGCAGGCAGCAGCAUGGCGGCGACGCUGGGUGGCCUGGGCCUCCUUCAAGGCCGAGUCAGGCUGGCAGCCGCCGCCGCCGCGACCUCCUCCCUCGGCCGGACUGGCUGCCGGGCGUCGGUACAGGGGAGCGCCGCCGCUGCUGCUGUCGUCCCGUUGGCCGGGAGGAGAUAUGGUUCCGAGGCGAAAGAAGAGGAGGAGCUGCGGGUCCGGUACCUGGACGACGAGCACAAAGGAAUUGUGGUGCUAGGAUUAAACAGAUCCCAUGCCAAGAAUGCACUUAACAAGAAUGUUAUAAAAAUGAUAUCAAAAGCUGUGGAUGCUUUGAAAUCUGAUAAGAAAGUACGAACUGUUAUAUUCCGGAGUGAAGUCCCAGGAAUAUUCUGUGCUGGUGCUGAUCUUAAAGAAAGAGCAAAAAUGCACUCAAGCGAAGUCAGUUCUUUUGUCUCAAAAGCAAGAGCAACUAUUAACGAAAUGGCUAAUCUGCCUGUGCCUACUAUUGCUGCGAUUGAUGGGACUGCAUUAGGUGGUGGUCUAGAGCUUGCGCUAGCCUGUGAUAUAAGAGUGGCAGCCUCAUCUGCUAAAAUGGGCCUAGUUGAAACAAAACUGGCAAUCAUUCCAGGUGCAGGUGGGACACAGAGAUUACCUCGCACAAUUGGAGUGUCUCUGGCGAAAGAACUAAUCUUCUCUGCACGUGUUGUAGAUGGAGAGGAAGCAAAAUCAAUAGGAUUGAUUAGCCAUGUGGUAGAACAGAAUGAGGCAGGAGACGCCGCAUACAGAAGAGCGUUAGCUCUGGCAAGAGAAUUUUUGCCUCAGGGACCAGUAGCAAUGAGAGUUGCAAAACUGGCCAUCAAUCAGGGAAUGGAGGUUGACUUAGUAACAGGCUUAGCAAUUGAAGAGGCUUGUUAUGCUCAGACUAUUCCAACAAAAGAUAGAAUUGAAGGUCUUCUUGCAUUUAAGGAGAAGAGACCUCCUCGCUACAAGGGAGAAUAAAAGAAGCUGAUGCCUUUUAAAUUACAAGGGGGAUAAAAUUACCGCUAUGAGGACCAUUAAGGUGCACUUUCAGUCUGCACCUGGAAUAUCACAACCACCAAAGUAAAAGCAAAUCAUACCGAUGUUACAUUUUGAAUGUGUCCAUACUUGUACUGGGCCCAGAUAGAAAUGUGUGUCAACUCAUGCUCAUUACAGUUUCUGAAGAUUCAUCUGUGUAUUGGCAAGGUCACAGGUUCAUGCAGCAUUUUUGAACUUUCAUACAUGUGAAAUGCACCAUUCCACAACUGAAAAGGCUCUGUUAAGUUCUUUAUAUAGACAAAACUUAUAUGUGAUGCUAAGUAUAAACCUGCUAUAUCGUUUUGUCAAAAGAAAAGUGAUGGCUGAACACCAAAAAUAGAAAAUUGUACCAAAUGUGUGUUCAAAUUAUUCUGUAUAUCAGUAAAAAAUACGAGUAUUCUACCUGAAUAUGUACCUUAUUAAUAAAGCUAAGGGGAAUGAAAAAGAUUACUGUUUGGAAAAUGUUAAAAUUUAUUUAUUUGGCUUACACUAUACUGUGUAAAGUGAAAUUAACUUUAGUACAUGAUGGCAUUCUUUUGAUGAAGUCAUUGCCAUUACAUUAAUUUAAUUGUAUUAAAGGAAGACACUUCUGAGGCCAGCCUUUAAUUACACAUUCUUAUAUGUUGAACCUGGCUUUGUCUUGCAUUCUUCCAACAUAUCCUCUGAUUGGCACUAUCUGCUGUGAGGGAGCUGUGUUUCACUUGCCCCAGUCAUUUUAAAUUGUUGAUGAUUAUUGUACAGGGAUACAACUAAUGCACUGUUAAAGAAACUGGAAUUCUCUUAAUCUCCAGACUGUUCUUUUUGCAGGUCCUAGCAGAGUGUAUUUACAUACAACAGGGACGAUACUGAAAUGUUCUUUAUUCUCUGGUGGUCUCAGGGUUCUUUUCAUACAGUGAAAGAGAAAUCAGUAGGUUAUAAGGUGAGAAAACUGUUGUGAUUCAUUCUUUAUAUUUACUGUGAACAUGGCACAUACAGCAAAUUCCUGGAAAUAGCCUCUUAGAAAGUAUUUUUGUUAACUUGACUGGGAAAUAAACAUGGCUUAGCAGCCAGAAGCUGUCUUUUUUGUAUGAAAACAAAUUUCCUUAUGUUUGGUUGCCAUUGGCUCAUGGAACUUGUGCAAGCUCUACUGUUUCUGCAACAUUAACUGUGGUCACUGUCUGUAUCUAUGAUGAUAAAGCAGCCAAUCAACAUGAAAUGACAAGAACUCAUUUAAAUUCAUAUUUAGACAUAUCAUUACAUGUAAAUUGGUUAUAACUGGUGGAGCACACACUUUGUUGACUGGUGGACUUGCUGAGUUGAUCAUUUCAUGCACAAUAAUUUCCUAAUAAAGUACCAGUGCUUGUUUUGAUAGUCAUAUAAAGCCUAGAGGGUCAUUUUCUCCUGUUUUUGGAAUGCUAACAUGUCAUUUUCAUUUCUACUGAGUAGGAAAUAAUUAUGUUAAUAAGAGAAAAAAAUAUUAAGUCUAUGCUGAUGGAUUUCUGUUUCAUAACUUUGAAAUAGAUCCUGUUUAUAAAGCUGCCUUUGUUUUUCUAACAAGCACUGAUUAAGUAGUUUCUGUGAAUGUCUAUUUUAAAAAAAUCAAGUAACUGUAAGUGCUGGGGCUUAAGACUCUGUAGACUCAUGCCUUUAACCAGUAGAUUUGAUCUCAUAAAAUAAUUUUACUGUUA